AUGCUACCCGGGAUAGAUGCUCCAUUCCUGUGGCUGUCUGAAGUUGUGGGCGCGUCAGUCGACGAGCUCAAGCUUCUUUUCGUCUUCAUCUCAUCAUAUCCCUUGGCCGCCUGCUUGAAGCGACUCCCUAAUGACAGGCCACAUUACAAGAGCAUUUUCAGUGUCACCAUCUGCCUGUUCUACCUUGUCGGACUGUUUGACCUUUGGUCGGGUGUGGGUACAUUGCUCAUUGAUGCCCUUGGCACCUAUGCGAUCAUCUACGCCGUCGAUGGAUUUCUCAUGGGCCACAUGGCCAUCAGCCAUAUAGAAAGACAGAGGAUCAAUGACCCGAGCCUUGUCGACAUUACCGGCGGUCAGAUGGUCCUGAUAAUGAAGCUUCAUGCGCUAGCGUGGAACUAUCAUGACGGACAUAUGAAGCCCGAACUGUUGACAGACAGUCAAAAGGAGCGUGCGGUGUACAAACUGCCCGAGCUCCUCGACUAUGCUGGCUAUGUCUUCUUUUUCCCAUCGAUCUUUACAGGUCCAGCGUUCGAUUACGUCGACUACAAACGCUGGCUCGACGGCAGUAUCUACGCUCUCCCGCCCGAAACACCCUCCUCAUCUUCUCCAGCCAAGAACGCCAGUAGGAGCAAGAAAAUCGAAGUCCCUCAUUCGACCAUCCCAGCAACAAGAAAAGCAAUCGGCGGGCUCCUCUGGAUCGGCCUCUUCCUGCAAUUCUCAAAGUGGUAUAACGUGGCCUUGGUCCUCUCCGACAAGUACCUGGCAUAUACCUUCCCAUAUCGCGUGUGGAUCCUGCAACUCCUAGGCUUCACCUCGCGCAUGAAGUACUACGGUGUCUGGUCGCUUACCGAAGGCGCCUGCAUCAUGGCGGGAAUCAGCUACAACGGCAUCGACGAGAAGACGGGGAAAGCCAAAUGGGACCACCUCGAAAACGUCAACCCGCUGGGCAUCGAACUGGCCCAAAACUCCCGCGCGUACCUGGACAACUGGAACAAAAACACCAACAAAUGGCUCCGCAACUACAUCUACCUCCGCGUCACCCCCGCGGGCAAGAGACCCGGCUUCCGCGCCACGCUGGCCACCUUCCUGACCUCGGCCUUCUGGCACGGCUUCUACCCAGGGUACUACCUGACCUUCCUGCUCGCGGCGUUCAUCCAGACCGUGGCCAAGAACUUCCGCCGGCACCUGCGCCCCUUUUUCCUCACCCCCGACGGCAAGUCCGCUACGAGGUGGAAAAUAUACUACGACGUGGCCGGCUACGUGGCCACGCAGCUGGCGUUUUGCUUCACGACGGCCCCGUUCGUCAUCCUCGGGUGGAACGACAGCCUGAAGUGCUGGGCAAGGGUGUACUUCUACGCGGUCGUCGGCGUGGCGGCCAGCAUGGCGUUCUUCGCGUCGUCGGGGAAAAAAAUGCUCGUGAAGCGCCUCGACGCGCGCAUCCAUCCGCACGUGCGCAAGUCCGUGGCAGAGGAGACGCAGCACCCGCCGAGUCUGGGCCUGCCGAACGAUCCCGGGAGAGAGAUCGACGACGCAAUCGACGAGAUCAGAGCCGAGAUCGAGACGCGCCAGCGCAGAGGCAGCGCGGUCACCAUGCCGGCCGGGGACGGGCUCAAGCGCGCGAUCGAGCAGAAGUUGGGCCACAGGUUGGAGAUGCCGGCGUGGAAGGUGCCCCAGGUGUUUGGCAGCGAGGGCCAGGGCCAGGGCCAGGAAAAAGUGCUUAGCGACCAGGCCAGGGCGGAAUUAGAGAACGCAUCAGCAAGGGGCGCCGCCGAGGGCAAGAAAGUGAAGUGA